AUGGCCAUAAAACCCCUGGUGCCGGAGGGAGUGGAGCUCACCCUGAGAGCGCUGCCGGUCACUGUCCACACUGGGAUGGCCAUGACAGCAUCCCCAAACCCUCACCGGCUCCUGCCCCUCGCCCUGGGGCUCUUCCAGGCUGCUCUGCUCCUCUUCUUCCUCCUCUUCGUCACCUACGAUGAGCCCUCAGCACAGGCAGAAGAUGCCAGCUCGGUGGCCAAGCAUCUCUACAGCAUCUUCCCCUUCUUCCAGGACAUCCAGGUGAUGCUGGUGGUGGGGCUGGGGCUCUUACUGACCUUCCUGCCCCGCUAUGGGCUCAGUGUCCUCACCCACAACUUCCUCCUGCUCAACUUCUCCAUGCAAUGGGCGAUGAUGCUGCAGGGAUUACUCCAUUGCUUCCACCAUGGCCAGGUCCACUUGAGCCUCCACAGCAUCCUCACUGCGGAGUUUGCUGCUGUGACAGUGCUCAUCUCUAUGGGGGCCAUACUGGGGAGGACCAGCCCCUUCCAGCUCCUCAUCAUGGCCACAUGUGAAGUCCCCAUCUACCUCACCACUGAAUGGGCCAUCAUCACCUAUCUGGGUGUCCUGGAUGUGGGGGGCACCAUCACCAUCCACGUCUUCUCCUGCUAUUUUGGCCUCGGUGUAUCCAAAGCUCUGUUCAGGGCAUCACAACAGCCAGUGCACCCCAAUGAGACCUCGACCCCCCGCUCCGACCUCAUGUCCCUGGUUGGGAUGCUCAUCCUCUGGGUCUUCUGGCCCAGCUUUGUGGCUGUUCUCUGCCAACCGGGGGAUGCUCAGCACCGCGCCAUCCUCAACACCCUCCUGGCCAUGAGUGCCAGUGCCGUGACCACCAUAGUGGCCUCCAGCCUGAUGGAGAGGGAUGGGAAGCUCAGCCCUGGCCACCUCCAGAACGGCAGCCUGGCCGGUGGGGUGGCCAUCGGUGCCGUGGCUGACAUGGCCAUGGCACCAGGGGCUGCCCUUGCCUUGGGAAGCCUCUCAGCCAUGAUCUGCCUCCUUGGCUCCAGGUUCCUCACCCCUUUCCUAGCAAGGAAGCUCUCACUGCAGGACCAAUGUGGCAUCCACAACCUCCAUGGCUUGCCUGGCAUCCUCGGAGCCGCAGCCAGCGCCGUGGCCAUCCUGGUGGUACCCGGGUUCGGGGACCGUGGGGCAGGAUGGCAGGCGCUGUGCCAGGCAAUGGGGCUGGUGUUGGCUGUUGGUGGCUCACUGCUCACCGGGCUGCUCACCGGUGCCAUGCUCCGGAUGCCCUGCCUGGCGUUGCCACCACAGAGGCUCUGCUUCGAUGACUCCCUGUAUUUUAAGGGGCAGGAGGAGGCUGAGGGCACAGGGAUGGGCAGCACCAGGGAGGAAGGGGCUCUGGCAAUGAAGGAGCAGGUUUAG